CAAAAUGAAUGAUUUUUUUCUUGCCUUCAGUUUGGCUCUUUGAAUAGUUCAUCAUAAGAACAAAGAGAGAAAGUAAUAUUUCAAAACAAAAAGAGAAAUGUGUAUGUCAUCUUAACUAAAUCUUGACCUUUGAAGAUUUUAAGUAAAUUUAAAAGCAUUUUUAAAAUUUUUACUUUUCAAGUUUAACUAUAAUUGAUAAAGAUUUAACAAUUUACCUUGCUUUUUGAGCUGAUUUGAUACCAUUUAUUAAUUCUUAUUUCUUUUUUUUUCUUUUUCAGACCAACCAGAAAUCGAAAAUGCGGCCCAGAAGGACAGCAUGUCGGUGAUAACCAUAGCCUAUAUAAUCACUGUCCCGGGAAUAAUCAUCAUCUGUAUUGGCGUCAACGUUGUUACUUAUAAAUGUGGCGUGAAGAAAGGUCGGAGAAUAGAGCGCAAACAUAAAUUACAGGAAUUCCAAGAAGAAACGCAAACGGUUCAUUAUCAACACUAUCAAACUGAUACUGAAAAUCCGGAAGCUAUUCCCUUAGCACAACAGGGUCCAUCCGCUGGGCAAGUUUCCGUCGACCCAUCCCACGACUAUGCUGCGUACGAUGAAAUAAAAGAUCAGCGACAACGCAUGCAAGAGUCGCAAAGGCGGAAAGAGGGAGGCUAUUUGACACCGGUUUCCCAAGGUCAAAGUCGGGCACUACCCCCUGUGAGAACUAAUGGCGAUGGCUACGUAUCUCCAAAGACAACAGCUAAAAAAUCACAAGAGGAGGGCGGGAAAACUAGUAAAGGUGACUCCCCAUCGCCUCCUGGUGACGGGGGAUACAUCUCACCUUUACAACAGGAAAAAGAUGCUUCCGAAAGAGCUGGUUCAGGCAAAAGCGAUUCCAGCUCGGAAAAAUCUGAUAAAUCGGACAAAUCUAGAAAAUAUCAGAACGAUCCGCAAGGCAAAUCCUCGCCCAAAACGAAGGCUCUUUACGAGUCGUUAAAAGAUACCGGGGUCACUCAGGAGCACGAUUACAUUGAACUACAGACUUAAUUAUUUUUUGUAAAAUAAAUUUUACUUUUUAUUUUGUUUUCAUUGUUUUUAAUGCUAAAUGAAUACUAAUAAUUUCUUUUCAAAGAAUGAAGAAGGUGUCUUCUUGUUAAACUCAUUCCUGUCAUAAAAUGUUAAUUUUAAUGACUCAUUCAUAAUUUAACUAUUAAAGUAUUAUUUGAUGAUGUUCCAGGUUAAUGUGUGUAUAAAGGUUUUGUUUUUCUUUCCCUGUUUUGCUAUAUCAUAUAUAAUGCAUGAUUGAUAGAUAUGCCAUUUCAUACUCAGCUUUUUCUAUUUAAUUUGAUAUAAUGCUAUAAGCAUGUAUAAGUAUUUGCAAUGUAAAGCGCUUUUAAAUUAGAUAUGCAUUGGGGGCAAAAACUUUUCAGGCCCAAAAUGAGGAUACAAUGCUGCUUAUUUAAAAAAAAAAGCUCGAUCACUGUUAAAUAAGCCUUUGAUUUUGUUAUUUAGUGCUUUUUUGCUUUAUUUAGUGCUUUUUUGCUUUAUAAUUUUAUUUUUUUUUGUUCGAUUCAUUUUGUCUGACUGUCUUAAUUAUUAUCAAUGCUUUGAAUGUAUUAUUUUUUCAUUUUGUCUUCAUCAAUAAACAAUUUUUAUAGAAAUAUCUUGUCACCGUACUUGGUAUGAAGUGAGUAUAAUUUAAUAAUUUUUUAAAAUGGAAAACUAUCUAAAAGAAUCUAAAUGAACACUGAUUUUAACUCUCAACAAGGUGAAAGACUGAUUAAAGAACUUUAGUUUCAUUUUAAAACAUAUGCAUAUAUACGUAUAUAUUUAUAUUGUUCUCAUCAUUGAAUCUGUUGUAACGUUAAUUUUGUACUGCUGCAGCAUUAUCUUACUUGGAAAAUGACUAUGAGGUGACUAUAAACAUUCAUUUCUAUUAGAAUUGUGGGUUUAUAUUUGUCGGACAAAGAAUAUUCUGUUUAUUUAAACAAAUAUGAUGUACUUCAAAUGCGUCAUUAAGAAUUCACUUAAUUACACAACAAUAUUGAUAUUCAAACACUUCUUGUGUGAAUAUUACAUGCAAAGUUCUAGCAAUAAAUCAUCCGUACUUGUCUUCCACUUAUCUUAAGCAUGUCCUAAAUAGGUGCUUAAAUUACGCAGUGCGUGCUAGGUAUCCAAAUAAAGCAAUUUAGGGUUAUUUAAGUAGAUUUCAGGUUAGGUAUUGGAUUCCUACAAAACGCGUAAUGAUAGGAAAUAAACUUGUGACAUUUUUGAAGACCUAUGACAAAAGCAGGAGGAAACAUCACAUCCAUAUAUACAAUACACGUUUUGAAAACACACACACACGCAUACAUAUAAUUAUAAGACACAGAUUAAGGAAAUGGAAAUUUGUAAAUAGCCAUAUAUCCAAUAUGCUUGAAAAUUGCUAACACUUUUCCUAACCAUUCAAUUUUUUUUUUUUUUGCUAAUUAGAUCAUAAGGUCAAGAUUUAGAAAAACAUUUUGUAGACUGAUUUUGCAAUGAGUAUAGAAAGCAACGGAUUUCAUCGUGGGUUCAAGGCGACAAAAUAGACAAGAAAAUUGAAAUUUCACCAGAUUGAUUCUUAUUUUUUUUUAUGUUAAUUAGUUUCCAAUACUGAUUUUGAUAAUCAAGCUUUUUUUGUAAUUCGAAGAAAAUUCUGCAAUAUUUUUUUAUGUCAAAUAUUUUUGCUUUUAAUGGUAAUUCGAAAAUUUCUUGAUUAUUUGCUUUGUAAAUAGUUUUUAUCUUGUAAGGGUUCUUUCCUUUUUGGGGGGUUUGUAUAAUGCUGGCGAGUCAAAUUUUAUAAAA